AUGGAUCUGCGCACGGCCUCCCGCUCCUUCAUCGUUCUUCUCAUAUUAUUAUCGACUGUCUCAGCGUUCGUCUCUUCCCAGGUAACUAGAUCCACCAGUGGUGUUAUUUACAGAAGUUUAUCUCUGCUUCUUUUUCGUUUUCUUCUUCCUGUGUGGUUUUCUCGUCCGGCGACACUGUCACGAAAGCUUUUCUCGUGCAUACUGAGUUUUUAGGAUGUCGGGGUGGAGAGUGGGGAGAACACGUCCACCGAGUCCCUGAUACCUUUGGAUCGCCGUACCAAAGUACGCAAACCUUUUCUGUGACCCCCUUCUCUAAAAUUUCCAAUUCUGAUUCAUAUAUAUGUUGGCAUUUUCCAUUUUUCUUGUAUGAUUAUGAAUACUAAAAUCUUGUUUUGAUUUUUUUAUACUGUGCCACAGAUGCUGCUUCAACCUCUUAGGAAGGAGUAUAUAAGCAGCGGAGCAGGCCUUGAUUCAGAUGCUGGUCUUGGUCUCUUUGAUGCUUUCUUUGCAAGUCUCUCGAUGAUCAUUGUCAGUGAGGUGGGAUAUUGCCACUUUUUAGCUCCUGUUAUAUCUGCUCACAUGCGUUCUUCUUUGGUGCUUAUUCCGACUCUUUCACUGUGCAUGCUUUCGCUGAUGCAUUGGAUCACUUCUAGAUUGGAGAUGAGACAUUUAUUAUCGCAGCUCUUAUGGCCAUGCGGCAUCCUAAGUCAAUUGUGCUCUCUGGAGCUCUCAGCGCACUUUUUGUGAUGACAGUAAGCCAUUUUGUAUCCAGAAUCUUGCUAUACUGACGCUCAUCAUGCUAAUGAAACCAAAUGUUGACCAUUUUUCUUUGUUGCUGGUUUCUGACUGAUUAUACCCGCAUUUCAGAUUCUCUCAACUGGGCUUGGUAGGAUAGUGCCCAACUUGAUAUCGAGGAAACACACGAACAGUGCAGCUACAGGUUAGACCAUUUCUAUGACUAGUGCACUAUGAAGCAAUCAAAUAUCUGUAUGUUUGACGAUAUCAGCUCAACACACUGCAUUCAAUGCAUGUUACAUAUUUUUAGUUUUUGCAUCAACUAUUGGACACAAAUAUGCAGUAUUUUCAUUGAAUGCUUGCCGAGCUUUAAUAAUUUGCUUGAGAGAGAUCCAGCCAUCAAUCAAGGUUUUUAUGACAAUUAAUGUAGUAAUUCACUGCGUUAUUACCUGGGCAAAAAGGCAAGGUGGUAGAAGAUGCCUAGUUUUUGGUAUAGUCAAAAAUUACCUUUAAAGCAUAGAUCAGUUAUUGCACAAGUGAAGAAUAGAAUGGACCUAUGUCUAUCCACAUAAUACUAAAAUUGCUCACAUUUAAUAUAGGAUAAGUAAGAAUGUAAUUUAUGAAAUUUUUUGUAAGUAAGGCAUUCCGGUGAAAAUAUUUAACGCUCACGUAACAUGCUAAUAUGAAUUUUCGGGCGUAAAUUUUUUUCUUCUCAUAGAUGGGGAGUGGUGGUAUGGUGAUUCCUGGACGCCAUUGGCUAAUAAAAACUGUUUACAGAGGAGAAAGCAUCAGCAAUACUUAAAUCAGAAGGGCUCUUGGGAAGGAGGUGAAACACAGAAAACGCAGUCUGCAUAGGGAGCUGUGAUCAUACCCGAGGCAAAAAGAUUAAUCAACUUGAUAAGAAUAUGGAGCAAUUGAUGAAAGUAAUGUACUUUAAAUUUUUAUUUAAUUGGAUUCUAUGGAUCGAUGCUUCUUUGAAGUGUUAUAUGAAGCCCUGUAAGUUGCCAUUUGUUUUUCAUUUGAUAAAUCAUUUUGCGUCAAAAACCUUUUAAAACUUCCACUAUUGUUGGUUCUACAACUAUUACACCUUCUCUUUGCUCUCGAUGUCAUGCUUUCAUUUGUCAGAUAUUUCUCAUUUCAGGCCUAUAUUUCCCUAAUGGUUUGUCCCUGUAAUUUUUUUCUUCUGAAUUGCAGUUCUCUAUGCAUUUUUUGGUCUACGAUUGCUUUACAUUGCUUGGAGAUCAGAUUCAAAGGCUUCACAAAAGAAGGAAAUAGAAGAAGUAUGCUUUCUUGAAUUUCCUUCUUAUUAGUUUAUCUAAAUAUCAACUAUUUUAAUCUUGAUCAUAUUUUUUUUGCUUGUUUUAUUUAUUUAUUUUAUACUUUACAGAGUUUGGAUGCAUGCUGUUGAAUGAGUACGAGUUUUAACAAAACAGAAUUGAAAUUAUCUAGUUUCCUCAUAUUUUACUUGAUUUUUCCCACGAAAUCCAAAUAGCUGUAACGUACAUCAGUUCUCUAAUGUACGUCUUUGGGUCAUUCAUCAAAUUUUGUUUGAAAAAUGUAAAACCUACGAUUUGGGUAAAUUGUUUGGCUGGGAAAGGCGUUUUCAUUAGAUGUUUGUGUACCAAAUUUUCAUGUAUCAGCCCAUACUGCUGUGAAGGUAUACACCUAAGCAGGGGGCUGUCUUUGUGUGAAGGCUUAGCAACAGUAAGCACCUCUCUAGAGAGCUGAGAAUGGACCAAAGUAUGCUGCAUUUGUUAUUAGGUGUUAAUGGUUAUUCAAAUGAAAUAGUGCCCUUCAUGCAUGAAAUUUUAAACGAAAAUGGAACGUAUAUGAACCACUAUAAGUGGUUUUUUCAAAUUGCCCUCUCUGUUGUUGCCAGAACCCUCCUACGAAUUUUCUAUUGUUGGCUUGAACAAAUGAUUAAGUUACCACACCGCAGGAUUGAUUGCCCACAGAUUUGUUGUUGUACUGGUAAUCAUCUAUGGGACAGCAUCAUUGUGCAAGCUGAUUUUUUGAUGAUGCUUUGUUUCAUUCCUCUGUUGUUCCUGUCCUACACUCGUCCUUUCCUUUCUGCUGCAUCUCCCCCCGCCACCCCUUCUCCAAUGAUUGAGGUACCACACUGCAAGUCUCAGCGAUAGAAAUGAAUGCUUACUUUUUUACCGUUUUGGUCAAAAUAAAAAUAAAAAUUGGUUGGUUCCUGCCUAAUACGAGUGAGCUUAUCUUACCCAAUUCUUUUAAAGCAAAGUGACUGAAGAAGACAUCGUAUUUUAUAUUUUACACGAUGGAACAUGUUUAUAAAAAAACUUUGCACCAAUAAUUAUCUAAAGGUAAAUCUUGGCGUCCAGAUGUUUGAGGUAAAUUGACGAUUAUAUUUGAGGGAAUGAACAAGUAUCUCAUUCCCAGAAUAUGAUCAAUACUAUCUGAUCUAAGAAUAGGAAAAAGAGCUGGAGAAAAAGAAAAAAAAUAUGUAGAUAAGUGCCAAAGUAAAGAAGAGAGAAGGAAUGAGCAAGGAAAGCCCGGAUGCACCAAGGGGAAAUAUAAUCAGUCAUUUUCUGUAAAAUUAUUCUACCUAGUUUGACCCGGGAUUGGGAUCAGACGCUGGUGUUUAGGUUUUAGUUUCAGUUUGGUAGAGCUUUUUUCAUUGAAUUUGUGGGACCAGACAUAAUCUCAUGCCCCCUCAGAAAUAGAGACUCACAUGAAAGAAGUGAGAUCGACAUUGAUCUCGAUGUUGCUUGCCGGUGAAAGAUUGGAGAAUAUCUUAUUUUGAAGUGUGUGAUGAAUUAAUCCUUUCUAGGACUGAUGUUUAGAGGCAUGUUUUCCUUCAGUCCCUCUUGUACAUGCAAUGUACAUCAAUAUUUCCUUCGUUGAUUUAUUCAUGCCUGGAAGAAAGGUGUAUCAGCAGACAUCUUGGACAGGGUUCACGAGGAUGUGUCACCAUUGUCUGACAGAAAAAUCGAUACAAGUCUUGUGUGGACUGGAUGUGGUCUUCUAUCUGAGUUUCCAAUGAGUUUACAAAUCGCAAAUGAUCAUCUAAUAUGAUUCCGGACAAUCUGUUGAGCCCUCAAUGCAAGAGCUAGCUACAAAUUACUUGAUCAUUUUCCUGUUUUGUUCUUAGGCAAAUGCAGUGUCUUCAUCUUCAUUUUCAUUGUACAUACACCUGGUGAUCAAAUAAUUUUCAAUAUUUUAUGGUCAAAAUUUCCUACAGGAAGUUCCUUGAUUUUAAAAGUUAUUUGAAGCUCUUCGUAAUCAGUUAAACUUGCCCUCAUUGUCUAGGUGGAAGAGAAACUCGAAGCCGGCCAGGGGAAAACAACAUUGCGCCGUUUCUUUUCAAGAUUCUGCACGCCAAUUUUCCUGGAGGUAUUUGCUUCUUCAUUCGUGUUAUUGAUAGAUAGAUAGAUACAUAGAUAUUAUUGGAGUCGCGGGGCUUCAGGGACAUUAUUAUUUGAGAGGGGUCUAUCUAUUGACUCAUGUACAGUUCCAUUCGUGUAAAAAAAUAAAUAAAUAAUAAAAAUAAAUCUCGUUGGUGGUGAAACCGAGGUCAGCUGCCCCUGAUUAUUGCUCAUAAUUGUUUGUUGCAGUCUUUCAUCUUGACGUUUCUGGCGGAAUGGGGCGACCGCAGCCAGAUAGCAACAAUUGCGGUAAGCCAUCCCUAUCAUCUUCAUUGCACUUCUCAGGACAUGCCUUUUCUAUGCCCCCUCAGAGUUCCCAGUUUAAUAAUUACACCUGGGACUUUGAUAAAACGAAGAAAUUUCGGAUUUUAAACUCUUGGUUCCUCCUCUUAUUGUGAUUUUUCCCCCCCCAAAGUAACGUAAGUCAACUGCUUGUUAAAUUGAAGGGAAGAAAGUCAACUUUAGACACAUACCCAGACCCCACUAGUAGCAUCAAAUGGCUUGUCUGUAGUCUCAGGGGCUGAGUUGGUAUGCUCUCAUGGCAGGCAUCAUACCAUGCUCAAUAGUAUCAUCAACAUGCGCAUCCGUCUUAUAUUCAUUGUCCAUUGUUUGUUAUCCAUGGGUUUCACAGUUGGCGACCCACAAGAACGCGGUGGGGGUGGCCGUGGGAGCGAGCCUGGGGCACACGGUGUGCACCUCGAUCGCGGUGGUGGGUGGGAGCAUGUUGGCGUCCAAGAUCUCGCAGCGCACGGUGGCGGCCAUCGGCGGCCUCCUCUUCCUUGGCUUCUCCUUAUCUUCCUACUUUUACCCGCCAUUGUGA